AUUCUUGAUUUUCUUUCUCUCUCUCCUAAUAGUCUCUGACCUCUUUUCACUAGAAGAAAUCCUCUAGCAACCAAAGGGUUCAAUUUCAUCCAAUCGCUUAUAAGAUGGCUGAUGGAGAGGAUAUUCAACCACUUGUUGUUGACAAUGGAACUGGAAUGGUCAAGGCUGGUUUUGCUGGGGAUGAUGCUCCAAGGGCUGUUUUUCCAAGUAUAGUUGGCCGUCCUCGUUACACUGGUGUCAUGGUUGGUAUGGGACAAAAAGAUGCCUAUGUUGGUGAUGAAGCUCAGUCCAAAAGAGGUAUAUUGACUUUAAAAUAUCCGAUUGAACAUGGUAUCGUAAGCAACUGGGAUGAUAUGGAGAAAAUCUGGCAUCACACAUUUUACAAUGAGCUUCGUGUUGCACCCGACGAGCACCCUAUUCUUCUGACUGAGGCACCACUUAACCCCAAGGCGAACAGAGAGAAAAUGACGCAAAUCAUGUUUGAGACAUUCAAUGUGCCAGCCAUGUAUGUUGCGAUCCAGGCUGUUCUCUCUCUGUAUGCUAGUGGUCGUACAACUGGCAUUGUGCUCGAUUCUGGUGAUGGUGUGAGCCACACUGUCCCUAUCUACGAGGGAUACGCACUUCCCCAUGCUAUCUUGCGGUUAGAUCUUGCUGGUCGUGAUCUUACAGAUUAUCUCAUGAAGAUUCUCACAGAGAGAGGUUAUUCAUUUACCACUGCUGCUGAACGGGAGAUUGUUCGUGAUGUGAAGGAGAAGCUUGCGUAUGUUGCACUGGAUUAUGAACAGGAGCUUGAGACUUCAAAGAAUAGCAAGGAUGUUGAGAAGAGCUACGAGCUUCCAGAUGGACAAAUAAUCACUAUUGGUGCUGAGAGAUUCCGUUGCCCUGAAGUCCUCUUCCAGCCAUCAUUGGUUGGAAUGGAAGCAUCUGGAAUUCAUGAAACAACCUAUAACUCAAUCAUGAAGUGUGAUGUGGAUAUUAGGAGAGAUUUAUAUGGAAAUGUUGUGCUUAGUGGUGGCUCAACUAUGUUCCCUGGCAUAACGGAUCGCAUGAGCAAGGAAAUCACUGCUCUUGCUCCAAGCAGCAUGAAGAUCAAGGUCGUUGCGCCACCUGAGAGGAAGUACAGCGUCUGGAUUGGAGGAUCAAUUCUAGCUUCUCUCAGUACUUUCCAACAGAUGUGGAUAACGAAGGGCGAGUAUGAUGAAUCAGGUCCAGCAAUUGUCCAUAGGAAGUGCUUCUAAGAGUGGUUUGACAACUUUAUUCCUCCUUAGUUAAUUUCCAUCAAAUGAAUUUUAGUUAAUUUCCAUCAAAUUAAUUCUAUUUGUUAGAGCUAUGCCAUUUGGAUUGGAACUUUAUUUAGUUUUGAAUAUGUUAUGUGACACUUUAUGUUAUUCAACUUGCAAGCGUGGAUUCAGCUUGUU